AUGGCGCUGAAUAUCAAACAAUUUAUUAACGUUGCGGGCCUCGUGCGAGACCUGAAAAGCUUCAAUUUCAGUGUGUACGGCCAAUGGUUCGGCUACAUAAACAUCUUUCUGUGUGUGGCGUUGGGUAUCGCCAACCUGUUUCACGUCAGCGCAGUGAUUGUUUUUGGCAUCAUCGCGAUUGUGCAGGGGCUGGUGAUCCUUUUCGUGGAAGUCCCAUUUCUGCUGCGCAUUUGCCCACUGAGUGACAACUUCAUCGCGUUCAUCAAGCGGUUCGAGACCAACGGCAAGCGCACACUAUUCUACGUUGGGAUGGCCGCAGUGCAAUGGUGCUCGCUGGCCGUGAUGGCGACGAGCCUGAUCGCCGUGGCCAUCGGGCUGACAAUCUCGGCGGCCAGCUACGGGGUCGCCUUUUUCAAACACCAGCAGUUCCAGGGCACCAGCGUGAUCAAGAGCCCGGCCGACGACGACUUCCCGCACGAGGCUGUGGUUCGCGAAAUGCUGUGA